AUGGAACAAGUUGAUGAACAGUAUUGUAUAUGGAUGAUGAAGAGGAGACCAUCAUCAUCACAGCUUUUGAAGUCCCAUUUUGAAGUAUCAACGGAGUAUUUAAAUGAUUCAUGGGAAGAACAAGCAUUUGCAGAAGAUGCAGCCAGGUGUUUGAGGGGUUGCAUUUGGCCACCAAGGUCCUAUUCUUGCAGUUUUUGCAAUAGAGAAUUCAAGUCAGCUCAAGCCCUAGGUGGUCACAUGAAUGUUCAUAGAAAAGAUAGAGCUAAGCUCAAACAAUUAGAUCACUCCAUUGAUGAUCAUAAAGGACAGUCAUUUGGGUCAGAUUCUACACCAAGAAAAAGGGUUCUCAAUGCUGAUGAUGGUGAGACCAGUUUGUCUGUUGGGUUGAGUUCUGUCUUGUUCAAUAACAAACGACCAAAGGUUGCUGUUUCAACAUGGCAGGUUCUUGAACUUAAGCCAGUGACCUCCAUGGAAGAAGACUUGGACCUUGAGCUUAGGCUUGGUGUUCUAUAG